GUGUUUCUGUGGCUACGACAAAUAGCAAGCUCAAGCCCAUCUGCCAAAUCCCAUAAUGGCUGCUCCAUAUACCCUUGAGUCUAUCACUGCUGCCCUGAGCGGGGACGAUAAAGUGAAACUUGCCGGGGUUGAUGUGGAUGGAAUUCACCGAGGGAAACUGAUUUCAAAAAAGAAGUUUCUUUCCAUCGCCGAGUCUGGAUUCGGUUUCUGUUCUGUCAUAUUUGGUUGGGAUAUGCACGAUAGAUCGUACUUUCGUGAACUUGGCAUCUCAAACUCUGCGAAUGGAUACCGGGAUUUGCUCGCAAAAGUUGAUUUCCAGAGUUUCCGGAGAAUACCAUGGGAAGAUCAGAGAGGUGUUCCAUUCUUUCUGAUUAGUUUUUAUGAUCCGGAUACCAAGGAGCCUAUUGCACCAUGCCCCCGAGGGCUGUUGUUUAAUGUAGCGAGAAAAUUUGAGGAGAAAGGGUGGAGUGCAAUGGCUGGAGCGGAAUAUGAGUUCUUUAAUUUUAGAGAAGACCCCCAUAGCCUUGUAGCAAACAAAGGGUCCACGUUAGAACAUAUGACGCCGGGAAUGUUUGGCUACUCUUUAACAAGACCUGUGCAGAACCAAGAUUUCUAUUACGGAGUUUUCAACGCUUGCAAGAACUUUAGAGUCGAUAUAGAGGGUUGGCAUACCGAAUCUGGCCCAGGGGUUUACGAAGCUGCACUAGAAUUCGGGGAGGUCAAAGAGACGGCAGAUAGGGCGGGACUAUUUAAGUACGUUGUAAAGUCCCUUGGCUCACAAUAUGGAAUAACUCCCUGCUUCAUGGCAAAACCUAAGGAGGGCUUACCAGGGAAUUCAGGACAUAUGCACAUAUCACUUGUUGAUAGUGAUGGCAACAAUCUCUUUGCUCGUUCUGAGUGUGAUCCUGAAGCUGGCCGUGACCUAGCAUAUCUUUCGGAUAUUGGACGCCACUUUCUCGCUGGGGUCCUCGAAGGACUUCCAUCCAUAAUGCCCCUCUUGGCACCCACAGUCAACUCUUACAAACGCCUUGUGGAGAACUUUUGGGCGCCGGUAACAGUGUCAUGGGGGCUAGAACACCGGGCAGCUUCGAUCCGGCUCAUCUCGCCAUCGCUUGCGUCUCCCAAAGCCACACGUUUUGAAAUCCGUACUUGUGGAGCCGAUGCCAAUCCAUAUUACGUGCUGGCUGCAGUCCUUUCAACAGGACUACGUGGAGUGGAAAAAAAGCUGGAGAUACCGGUAUCCCCGUUGGGUGUUGGCGAGGAGACUGGUGGUGGUGAGCGCCUCGCACGGAACCUGAUGGAGGCUGUGAAAAAAAUGGCAGCGAAAGGGAGUGUGGCCAGAGAGGUCUUUGGUGAUGCGUUCGUGGAUCACUACACGGGGACAAGAGAACAUGAGUGGAGGCUGUGGGAGGAAGCUGUUACUGAUUGGGAAAUCAGGAGAUAUAUUGAAACGGUUUGA